GCGCCCCCCGCGCUGCGCCCCCCGCCUCGCCCCUCGCCAUGGGGCCGCGGCACCUGCUGCUGCCGCUGCUCCUGCUGUCCCUGCAGCUCCUGGCCCUGCUGCUGCUGCUGCCCGCGCAGGCGGCCGGGCCCCCCCGCGCCAAGGGCAACCGGACCCAGGGGGCGGCGGCGCCGCGGCGGACCCCCAAACCGGGCAAGGAGCUCCUGAACCAGACGCUGGCGGGCCCGGGGGCCGCCGCCCCCACGGCGCUGCCCGGGCGCGGCAAGGGCGCGGGGGGCGGCAAGGCAGCCCCCGGAGGCGGGGGCGGCGGCGGGGGCUCGGCCCCGGCACACGAGACGUGCUGGGGGUACUACGACGUGAGCGGGCAGUGGGACAAGGAGUUCGAGUGCAACAACAGCCUCACGGGCUUCCGCUACUGCUGCGGCACCUGCUUCUACCGCUUCUGCUGCAACAAGCGCGCCGAGAAGCUCAACCAGAGCCUGUGCCGCAACUACAAGAGCCCCGAGUGGGCCCACCCCACCACGGCCAGCGGUGCCCUGCCUGCCGACGGCGGCGACGGGGGCGACGGGGACGCCAACAAGUACGACCCGGACAAGGACAGCACCAACGCCACCGUGUACAUCUCGUGCGGGGCCAUCGCCUUCGUGCUCAUCGCUGGCGUCUUUGCCAAGGUGGCCUACGACAAGGCACGGCGCCCGCCCCGGGAGAUGAACAUUCACAGGGCUCUGGCCGACAUCCUAAGGCAGCAGGGACCAAUCCCAAUCGGACACUGUGAAAGAGAGACUAUCUCGGCCAUAGAUACCUCCCCCAAAGAAAACACCCCUGUCAGAACCUCUUCCAAAAACCACUACACCCCUGUGCGCACCUCCAAGAGCAACCCAGGUCACUAUGGAAAGGAUAUUUAUCGCAGUGGAGGGCCAGAUCUCCAUAAUUUCAUCUCCUCCGGGUUUGUCACGUUAGGAAGAGGACACACGAAGGAUGACCAAGAACAAAAUUACAAUCACCUGAUACUAAACAGUGCCACCCAGACACCUACACAUGACAAGCCGCGGAUGAACAACAUCCUCACUUCAGCCACCGAGCCCUACGACCUGUCCUUCUCCCGCUCCUUCCAGAACCUCUCCCACCUCCCGCCAUCCUACGAGUCUGCUGUCAAGACGAACCCGAGCAAAUACUCAUCUCUGAAGAGGCUCACUGACAAAGAGGCUGAUGAGUACUACAUGAGGAGGAGACACCUGCCCGACCUGGCAGCCCGGGGCACGCUGCCCAUCAACGUCAUCAAAAUGUCCCAGCAGAGCAACCACCGGGACAGGCCUCGCCGCCCCAUCAGGGCCAUGUCCCAGGACAGAGUGUUGUCCCCCGAGAGGAUCAUGCCCGAGGAGUUCAGCAUGUCCUACGAACGGAUCCUCUCGGACGAGCAGCUGCUGUCGGCAGAGCGCCUGCACUCCCAGGACCCGCUGCUGUCCCCGGAGCGCUCGGGGUACCCCGAGCAGUCCAUGUCCAGGGCAUUGUCACACACGGAUGUCUUUGUGUCAACACCGGUCUUGGAUCGCUACAGGAUGUCCAAAAUGCACUCCCAUCCCAGUGCCUCAAAUAACUUGUACAAUACCUUGAGUAUGAACCCGACCUCGGCCAAGCGCCAAGCGUUCGCCUCGCGCCGGCACAACACGGUGGAACAGCUGCAUUACAUCCCCGGCCACCACCACCACUACCGCACCGCCAGCAAAACCGAGGUGACUGUUUGACACGACCCAGUGCAUUGUAGAUACUCCUUAAGGACUGGGGUGGCCACAGCACCCCGUUCUGCCGUGGCCUUAUAGGCCAAGAUAACCUCUACUGACUCGGUGUCUGCAAAGACUUCUCUGACAGUCCCACCCACGUUGUUUUUAGAGCCACCCUUUCAUCAGUGACACAGGAAGAGCUGAAGCAGCAGUCAGACACUAGCAAGGGGUAACAGAGGGAAUUUCCAGAUGUGCAUCAGUUUCUGUCAAAGAAAGCCAUAGUAACCGAUGGCUCCUUCCAAGGGCUCACCUGCAUUAUCCCAUAGUUUCCAUGAAAUCAGGACUUUUCAGUUGCUCCAAGGAGAAGCAGCCUGAGACAGAGAGGAGGAAAUUAAGCCCCCCCCAAUCCUGGAAGGAAGGGGUCUCGUUCUUGGUCCUCAUGUUUGACAUUUCUGUAGCAAGUAGGGAGAUUCUGGCUGCUGGGGUCAGGCCCAGGCUGCUCCACACCCGCCAGCACCUACACAUCUGUUCCUUGUCUCUUGUCCUUGGAGCAAAUUCAAGGGCAGACUUUCCUAUGGGACUGGCAGAUCUAGGGACAAGAAUAGCCUGGCUGAGAAAUAAAGUUUUAGUUUAUACUAAAUAUACUCAUAAGAUAAAAACAUACUAGUGCCUACAAAUCGCCUGCUCUCUCAGUGUAGGAAGUAGUGGGGUUGAUGUGUUCAAUAAGCACAAAUAUGCUGAAAUGCUUGUUAGACCCUUUUCUCCACUCAUUCUAGUAUCUUGGUGUCUCCAACAUGUAAAUAGGAAGGAGGAAGAGGGUUUCUCUUCCUCCAGCUUCUUGCCACUGCUGAACCUAAAGCACCAGAGCCCUUUCAGCUCCACACUGCUGCCCUGUGCUGGGGGAGGUCCUGACCCCACCGAGACCCCUGCGAGGCAAGGCUGCCACACCUGUCAUGGUUUCUCCCCAGAAGUUUCUUUUCCUGAUAGCAUUUUCCAUGGCCCAGUUCCCCUGUUUCUGAACAUUUUCUCCUCCCAUUUACAGCCUACAACUCCACAUGUAGCAAAUCUUUUUCUAGUCCUUAGCAGAGGCACAAAGCUGAGGGUGUCUGUUUACCGAAAAGCAGGUCGGUAGCUUGCCGUGGUCUUCUCUCCCUGCAAUGGCCUCCCAAGAAAACCUUCCAAAUUCCAAUUCCACUGAGUCCCGAUCCUAACCAUGAAGACAGUUACAUUUCAUGCAUAUAAAUUAUAUAUCCAGCAUAAUUAUAAUUAAUGGGCAUGUUGUAUAUCAGAUAUAACGCUAAUUAGAUACUGUAUAUUUGUAAAAUCUUUAAAACAUAGACUCGUGGGUCCAGAAUUUGCGAGGGUUUCACCUUUGGCUUUCCAGACAGAUUGGGCUUUGCUUUGGUUUUUUUGUUAGAUUUGGGGUGGGGUUUUUUUCUCCUUUUUUUUGCCCCCUUUGAUUUGCGCUCCUACCAAAUUCUGUAGAACUGACUUCCACCGGAACACACAGGAAAGGAUCUCAGAGGGUCUGAAGGGCAGCCAGACCUGGUGCAGGAGUUGUGGGUGCUGGACACUGUCCUGGGUGUGCUCCCGAGGCCCCAGCACACACACACACACACCUGGUGGGUCCUGGCAGGCACGCUCCCUCCUCGGGGUGCGACGAUGACUGACUGCAGGCUGUGAGCACAUCCCUGUGCACCUCUCUUCGUGUGCCACGCUCCCACACCGACUCUUUUCCUAUAUGGCUCUCCAUUAGGCUUCACUGAACUGUGCUCUGCCCUCCUCCCUCCCCUCAAAUACCUCCCACCUCCUGGCCUUAAUGACAUUCCCAGCCCAAAUGUGUCAAGUCCUGUAGCAAACAAGGAUGGCAGGGCGUGAGCAUGAGUCUCCUGUGGAGGCUUUGGUGCAGCACCAGGUUUUUCUGGUGCAGGGUAGGCAGGAGGAGCACGUGUCCUUACCCCAGUGGGACUUACAGGUGGGCCUCGGUGGGAUGUCCAGGUGGCCUUUCUCUUUCCCAGACUGCCCUGGAGCUGGUCCUAUUUCCAGAGCUUUAUCCUGCCCCAUCUGAUGGAGACUGUGCUGAGAAGAGCUCCAUCAGUGAGAGGUUACUGGGGCUUUGUUUGACAGAAACUGAACUGGGAGGGAGUAAACAAAUAACAGCCUCCAGGGGCAGAUCCUGCAGCCUUGGGCAAAAUCACUCUGGGCAACAACCAGAACUGUCUGUGGAUCAGGGUGGCAGUUCAUGGCACGGGAGGGAUGAGAGAGAAGGGGCUCACACCUCAUCUGCUGCCCCCUCCCUUGAUGGACACUACUCUCCCCUGACUACCUCCAAGCUCCUCGGCUCAGUCCCUGGAUUUUUCCUCCCAGAAGACAAUCCCUGUGAAAACAUUGCCCUUGCUGGCCUUCCCACAGGCCGGGGUGUGGGACUCGUGUGAAGAGAAGAGAAACUCUCACGGCUGAUGGGGAGGCAGCCCCUGCUGAGGUUCUGGGGCUCUUCCACUCUCUCCUGGCCCGGGCAAAGCUGGGGAGAUCUGAAUGCUGCGGGGGAGCAGAGUGCACUCUAGAGCCUCCAGGAGCUGUGGUAGCAGCGCUGGAGAAGAGGUGACGGUGGGAGGCCGUGGGUAGGUGAACACUCCUCUCUUUCCAUGCCCAUAGCUGUGUGUCUCAAGCUCUAGUCCUCAUCUAAAUGUCCCAUUUGUGAACUAAGAAAUUGCUGGACCAGAUGCAAAUUUGGAAAUUUUUCAAACUCUAAGUGGCCCGUGCUGAUGCUAAGCUGUGCCUGGGCUAUUUGACCUCUGUGUCUUCUCCUGUUCUGGCUAACAAAUAUCACAGGCCCUCUGCUGACGUGUCUUACCUGGGCAAGAAUCCUCCAGAGAAAUCUUAGCCUCAUUUCCUUGUCUUUUUUCCACCCACUCAACUGUUUCAAGCAGAUGUGUCCCACAAGGAGCCUUUUUAGGCCAAAUCUCUUCAGGGACUCUGCCACUACCACAGAAAAUUUUCAGCAAAUUUUCUUGGGAAGGAACAGUGCCCUGGAUACCACCUGGGCACCAUGUGUUCCCACAGCUCACUCUGUGUGCUGGAAUGGGUUGGUGAAUGGAGCAGUGGCAUUUCAGCACACACAGGUGUCCUUAGGUCAUUUUUUUCCUCUUAUUCUCCCUUCUGAGAACUUGUCACUGAAAGAACACUUGGUCUGGGACCGAGUGUCAUGGCCCACAGCCUGGUCCCCAGCACUUCAGUUCCCUAUGGUCCACACAUGAUGAUAAUAAUGGGAAUUCCCAAUUCUAUGGAGGGAUUAGACCACAACGCCUGUGAAGGGCUUCGAGACCCUCCCGCAGCAGAAACUGUAGAGCAGCAAAGUGUUUUUUGUUAAUCUUGUUUGUCACUGUCCUGACACAUCGCGUGUGAUGUGUCCCGAUCCACUCUGCCCAGAACGAGAGGGCUGGGCUGGGAUUGCCCAGGUUCCUCCUGCUCUCCUCCUGGUCAGGGUCCUGGCAGGCAGCAGCUCCAAGGGAUGCUGCUCCCUGCACUGGGACCUUCCUGCUUCCCUCUCCUCACCUCUGAGUCACCACAACAUCCUGCACUCAGGAGAAAAGGGGGAAGCAGCCACAUUCCUUUGUACAGUAAAAUAUAACCUUAACCUGCCUUGAUUAAUCUCAUAUACUCUGAAGUGUUGGUCUGUAUUUUCUCCACCCACAGGUGCAAACAGACGCCUGGGGAGUGUCCAGGUCCCAGAGUGCAUGUGCAGGGACUGGGGGAGGGGGAUGUAGAAAAGUUUAUAUUUCCUACAAGCUGAUAAUUAUUUGCUUUCCCUGAGCAGCAGCACAUCCUGGAAGGCUGCACUGGGUUUUAUACAAUUCUCUGUGUAUGUGUAUAUAGAUACAAAUAUAUACAUAUACACAUACAUACUGUAAAAUGCAAUCAACACGUUCUGACUGACCCUGUACCAAUCAAAGCUUCCAAACUGUGUUGAAUCAUUCUUUGAAACGUGGGAAACUAUUUUUAAUGAACCACACACAGCACCACACGGAACAGAAAUUUUGUCAUAAAAAGCCUUCUAAUGCCAGUGAAUCGUGUUUUAAGGAAAAAAAAAAA